CCACGCUUCCGCUUCCGGUGGCGUGGGUGGUGUUGGGCGGCGCGGCGAUGGCUGCUGGCGGCAGCGAUCCGCGGGCUGGCGACGUAGAGGAGGACGCCUCACAGCUCAUCUUUCCUAAAGAGUUUGAAACAGCUGAGACACUUCUAAAUUCAGAAGUUCAUAUGCUUCUGGAACAUCGAAAGCAGCAGAAUGAGAGCGCAGAGGAUGAACAAGAACUCUCAGAAGUCUUCAUGAAAACAUUAAACUACACAGCCCGUUUUAGUCGUUUCAAAAACAGAGAGACCAUUGCCAGUGUUCGUAGCUUGCUACUCCAGAAAAAGCUUCAUAAGUUUGAGUUGGCCUGUCUGGCCAACCUUUGCCCAGAGACUGCUGAGGAGUCCAAGGCUCUAAUCCCAAGCUUGGAGGGGCGGUUUGAAGAUGAGGAACUGCAGCAGAUUCUUGACGAUAUCCAGACGAAGCGCAGCUUUCAGUAUUAAUCUCCAAACAUCCCUGCUUCUCAGAGAAACCAUGUCCCCAGGCGUAACACCACUUUCCCAGGGUCUGGGGCUGACUUGCACAGAAAUUCUACUGCAGAAGACAGUUGAGAAUUCCCUUGGAGAAAACAGCCCAGCUUGGCAUUGGGUUAGGUUGCUGUUUCAAGUAACUCAUAGGCCCAGGUGACCUGUAAUCUUGGAGCAGCCUUGUGCAGUGGCUGCUAGUGGCUUUCCCGAACGUGCCUCUGGGAAGUGUGAGGUGGGUGUGUCAUAUAAGCCACACUAUUGACUACCUCAUUCAUGGUUUUUGGCCUCCACAUCAUCUUUUAUUAAUAUUUCACUUUUUUUUUUUUUUGAGACAGAGUCUUACUCUGUUGCCAGGCACCAGGCUGGAGUGCAGUGGCACAAU